CUCUCCCUCUCUCUCUCUCUCGGCUCGUUCUGAUCGCCUCCUAAAGAUUCUGAACUCCAUCUAUUCCAAUGAUUCUCUUCCCUGGUUUCCAUUCUUUGUUCUUUGUCCCAGUUUGUAUUCCUAAGGAUUGCGUUUUCUGGUUAGUGUCUUGCUUCAGGUGGGCUAUCUUCUACUGACGUUCUGCAAUUUGUUAUCUUGUAAUAUGUCAGGUGUUUAAUUCGGCGAUUGCUUUUGGCAACUCCCUUGCUGUUAUAAGUUGAGCUUCUUUCAUCCAUUCUGAAUUAGGUUCUGUCUGUCUGUUUGUUUGUUUCUGGCCUGGUGGCAACAAGUGGUCUCUCCGGAGUUUCGAUUCAGGCCAACUACUGCAUGGUUCAUCUUUCAACCUCUAUCAGGAUCAGUGUAAUAACAAUGAGUCAUGUCACAAAUGAGAGUGAAGAUGAGUUGCUUUCCAAGGAUCACAGUGGUUCGCCUUUGACUGAUGAAGUUAAUUAUGGAGGAAGUGUAACUGCAGCAGUUUUGAAAAAAGGGCCAUGGACUUCUGCAGAAGAUGCUAUUUUGGUGGAUUAUGUCAGGAAGCAUGGAGAGGGAAACUGGAAUGCUGUUCAGAAGCACUCAGGGCUGCUACGGUGUGGAAAAAGUUGCCGCCUUCGAUGGGCAAACCACCUAAGACCAAACCUAAAGAAAGGAGCAUUCACCAAUGAGGAAGAGAGGCUAAUCAUUGAACUCCAUGCCAAGAUGGGAAACAAAUGGGCAAGAAUGGCUGCACAUCUGCCUGGUCGGACAGAUAAUGAGAUAAAGAACUAUUGGAAUACUCGAAUCAAGAGGCGCCAGCGUGCUGGAUUACCUCUUUAUCCCCCUGAAGUGUGUUUGCAAGCACUGCAAGAGAAUCAACAAAAUCCAAAUGGUAGUGGGGAUAAAGGGCAGCAUGAUGUCUUGCAAACUAACAGUUAUGAGAUACCUGACGUCACAUUUGAUGGCUUGAAGGCAAACCAGGGAGUUUUACCUUAUGUCCCAGAACUUGCUGAUAUUUCUACUGAUGGCAUACUGACGAAAGAUCUUGGUUCUUCUCAGUAUUAUGGUUUUGUUCCCCCAAUGGUUUAUUGCCAAAAGCGCCUUCAAGAGCCAGCACCCUCAUUCUAUGCCUAUGAUGGUAGUAUCAGCAAUGAGCCCUCGCCAUCAGACCAAACACCGGAUGAGAGUUCUGAUAAUCUAACCUCACAAUCCUUUGAUUUUGCUUUUCCCUACGAUCCUGAUCCUACGAAGAACCUGUUGCUUUUUGGUGGAAAUCAGGGUAGCCAUUCCCUUUUAAAUGGUAAUUUUUCAGCUUCUAAGCCUGCUACUGGGUUUGUGAAGCUGGAGCUCCCUUCACUCCAAUAUCCAGAAACUGAUUAUGGUACCUGGGGUUCAUGUCCCCCACCUUCACUUGACUCACUGGAUACUUUUAUUCAGUCUCCUCCACCUUUAGGGGCACUUCAACCAGAUUCUGUUUCACCACAUAACAGUGGCUUAUUAGAUGCAUUACUUCAUGAGGCAAAAGCUCGAAGGGUAAGGAAUCAAUUAUCUGACAAGAGUUCGAAUUCUUCUACUAUCAGUCCCAGUGAUAUAACGAAUGGUUCUGCCUUGGAUAUAAGUGACAUAAAAUGGGAAGAAUAUGGUGACUCCACGUCGCCCAUGGGUAAUUCUGCAGCUUCAUUUUUCAGUGAAUGCACUCCUGUAAGUGUCAAUGGGAGUUCAUUGGAUGUAAAUCCUCCUGCCGAAACCUUUCCUGGGAGCAACAUGAAGUCGGAAGUAAUUGAGCAGAUGUGGAUCCUGGAUGACGACAAAGGAGAAACCGCGACUCCAUUGGAUUUUUCCAGGCCUGAUGCUUUGCUUGGUUCAUUUUGGCUUGGGAAAAGUGCUGCCUGUGCCAAGGACCAAGGCGUAAUGAACGAUGCCAUGUCGGUGACAAUUGGCGAUCAGUUAGGUAACGACGAGUACAAGCAUGUGGGAGCUGGGACUUCUACGAGCCAAGUGUUGGGAUUUGGUUCUUGCGUUUGGAAUAACAUGCCUGCAGUCUGCCAUAUGUCCGAACUUCCUUGAAAUUUGCCUUUUGCCAGUCUAGAUAUGAAAAUUUUUAGAUUUUUAGAAUUUCAAAUCUCGUUCUUCUCAAAAUUUGUUAAAUAUGGGAAAUUCGAGCCAAAAUAGAACAUCAGCUCAUAUGUUCAGACCAUGCGAUGGCUGCAAGGUGUAGUGUUGUUAACUCACCGGUUUUCCAAAACACUGCAACACAUCUAUGCCCUCGGAACUUCGUGGAUCCUUUCAAACUUUGAUUGUAAUAAGUGUGCACUUCCAGUUAGCGACAUCACAUCCUCCCGAUACAAUACGCUUCAUAGUUUUCGGUUAACUGAAGAAAUUUCUGCUUCUCCACGUUAAAAUUGCAUUUGUUUCAUCGUUGUGUCCUGCUUUUGCCAAUAUACCAGGUAUGAUGAAGCAGUCACUAUUAUGAGGUUAGUGUCUAUAUCUGUAAUGUUGUUUUUGUCCUUGUUUGCUGCCUUGGUUAUUAGUUUGAUUAAAAGUGAGCUCUAAUGCGGGCACUUUGAAGUUUGAACUAUAGUGGUUUUUAGUUGACGUUGUAAGUUUUGAAAAUCUGGUGCUUAUUGGAAUGGGACCAUAUUUGUUUUUCUUGUAGGUGUAGGUGUAGUUGUAGUUGUGAGACUCCAAAAUCUUCCUGCCAGCUGUUUUACUGAUUUGUGGUUUAUUGUGGAUAAUUAAUGAAUUCUUCUAA